AUGACGUCCCUAGAAGUAUUUGAGCAAGUCAAUGCCAUCAUGGCUGGCAGGCUGACCAGGGAUUCGGAUAUUAUUCCCGAUCCUGGUUCGGCUGAGGUCACCGAGGUGGUUUCUUCCCUGGAACCAAAGCAGACGGACAGCAAUGGAGAGCCCAUUCGCGGGUAUUUGAGUGUUCCUAAUGGGCAUUCGCAUCUAGAAGGCACUGUUGAAAGUCGGGAUGCUGCAAGCCCUUCCUCUAUGGCUGAGACAAGAGAUGGGAUAGGUCUGGGUGAUCAUGGAGGCAGCAUCGACGACGGAACCGCGGCAGAACAGCAGACGUGGAUAUCCACGGUUAAGAAGAUUGUCCAGUUUACGGACCUCCGAAAUAACGAACGCGUCGUCCCUAUCGAGAAAUUUGGCCCCGAGCGCCAGAAAAGGAUAAGGAAGCAGCAGGAGAUCGAUGGUCAGUUCAACGAGUACGCGAUGCUGCUCCGGAAGAUCAUGUCAGUCGACCUCAGGUUGAAGGAAUAUCGUCUCGAAAUCCAAUCGCGGGGGUUACGAGAGGUUUUCAAGAAGAUAGCAAAGCCGUUUCGGGAGCUGGACUGCGAUGCUAGCCCUAUAUUGAUUCGGUUUCCCUUUCGCUGUCUGUUCUUUUUACGUCACGACCUGCAGGAGGCCCAGAAGACCGACAUUCCACGUGCUACAAAAGACGAUAUUGCGCAGUUGCUAGACUUCAUUGAGAGUGAGCCCGUGUUGAAGUCGGCCGUCCAAGAGUAUGAGGAGACCGUCUCAAAGGGCAAGGUCAAGGAGGACAUGGCUUGGAUUCUGUUCAGGCCACACGAGAUGGCGUACUACAAGAGACCGCUGGGCGAAAACUCGAGGCACUACCGUGAAGGAUGCGGCAUUGUCGAGAACGUGGCCGUCUCACGCCCAGCCGGGCAGAACACGACGGUCAUUCAAGUCAACCUGGCCGUUGGCCACCACACAGGUCGCCGCUUUGGACUGAUCCGAGUUUCAGGGGCCCUACGCGGCCUAACGGAGAACAUUGUGGAAAUCAACAAAGACAACUUCUCCAUUAUUCCCAUGAGAUUCCUUACAAAGAACGAUCAGGAAAGGAUCCGCUCGCAAAUGGUAGAACGGGGCCAGAAGUACGUCCGACUGUGCAAGGCGGACUUCACCAUGUUGCACUACAAGGGCCCGGUAGUUGUGACUUCGAAUGCCCGAGAAAAGAUGCUCGCGGGAUUUGGAACGUCGAAUGAUGGGUUUGAUACGAGUUGGGAGACUAUGCAGCGUGUCGUGAUUGAUAAGACAGUCCAGAACGAGCUUUCUCCAGUCGGCGAUAGCGGCGAUAGUUCUAUUAUGUCGCCGUCAGUUCGUCAUUUCCUGGGACAAGUUACGAACGAAUCAGAUACAGAAGGAGAAGCCCAAGCCUCCCAGAAUCCCGGAUUGGACGAGGAUCAAGCCCGAUUGCUAGGGGCAAGUAGCUGCAACUCCUCCUCGCAAACGUCUGAUUGCAUCGAAAUUGAGCUCCACGAUGACGACUACAUGGUUUGCGGCUGCAUGACACUAUGCUUUCUACUACGGAAUAAGCUCUGGGGCGCAGUGCUCAUCUCAGGCCUCAAGGAUAUCCAGUGGAAGUCGGAUCCGUACGCCAAUUUGCAAAUGCCAGACGAUAAGAAGGUCUUUGUCCGCAACCUUGUAAUGGGGUUCUCGUCAGAGACUUCACGGAGCCCCCAUCAUAAUGGCGGCGAGCGUGGCGCAGGUGAUGAUGAGAGCGAUGAGGAAUUUAACGACUUCAUCGAGGGAAAGGGGAGAGGACUCAUCUUCCUUUUACAUGGAGAACCGGGGCUAGGAAAGACUUUGACGGCAGAGAGCGUCGCCGAGAGCACGAGGCGCCCGCUAUACCACGUGUCGACGGGCGACCUAGGUACGGAGGUGAAGGAAAUGGAAGAGGAGCUCACCAAGAUUUUCCGGCUUGGACUUCGAUGGGGUGCCGUUGUACUUUUGGAUGAGGCGGAUGUCCUCAUGGCUAGGCGGAACGCCAAGGAGCUGCAAAGGAAUGCGAUCGUUGCUGUUUUUCUUCGACUGCUGGAGUAUUACCAAGGAAUACUGUUCCUCACGACGAACCGUCUCGGCGACUUCGACGAAGCUUUUGCUAACCGAAUCCAUGUCUCGAUAGAGUACGGCACCCUGGGCCCGGAGGCUAGGAUGAAUAUUUGGCGGCAGCACAUCAGGAAGGCGUGCCAGCAGAAUAGAAGCAAGAACCUCUGGAGCGAUGAGGCCUAUAGAAUCCUUGGCAAGAUCGAAAUAAACGGUCGUGAUAUUCGCAACAUUGCCAGAACAGGAUUCGGUCGGAAUCAAGAUAUCCGCGGAAUAUUAGCCGAGCUAGAGGAGUUGCAUAGGCGAGUCAUUAGCAGCGUUGGGGAAGAGUCUCAGCCUUAG